UGGCAUAGUGCCUCAAUUUCCCAGACUGCAUUGCUUCUUGCACAUCCGCCAUAUUGCCUUCGCAUAAACGCGCUGACUGGAUCCGCUCGUAAGCUCGUACCCACAACUGAAAAUUGUUGCAGUGAUGACUCAGACAGUUCAGACCAACGGGGUUCAACCCCUCAGUAAGACCUGGGAACUGAGUCUGUAUGAGCUACAGAGAACUCCACAGGAGGCUAUAACAGAUGGACUGGAAAUAGCAGUGUCGCCCAGGUCCCUGCACAGUGAACUCAUGUGUCCUAUCUGCCUGGACAUGUUGAAGAACACAAUGACAACCAAAGAAUGUCUGCAUCGCUUCUGCGCUGAUUGUAUCAUCACAGCUUUAAGAUCCGGUAACAAAGAGUGUCCUACCUGUCGUAAGAAGCUGGUGUCCAAGAGGUCGUUGCGUCCAGACCCUAAUUUUGAUGCUCUGAUUAGCAAGAUUUACCCCAGCCGAGACGAGUACGAAGCCCACCAAGAGAGAGUGUUGGCUCGCAUUAGCAAACACAACAACCAGCAAGCCCUGUCCCACAGCAUAGAGGAGGGGCUGAUACAGGCCAUGACCAGACUGCAGCGCGGUAAGAGACACACGGUGGAGAAUGGUAGCGGAGCUGAGGACAAUGGAGACUCCUCCCACUGUAGCAACGCUUCGGUCCACAGCAACCAGGAGGCAGGUCCGAGCAUUAAGCGCACCAAGACGAGUGAUGACAGCGGUCUAGACAUGGAUAACGCUGCGGAGAACGGGGGCGCGGACUCUGUGAUCGAUGGUGGUGCCAGUGAAAUUGAACUGGUGUUUAGGCCACAUCCCACCCUGAUGGAGAAGGAUGACGGUCACAACAGUGUGGAGUUUGUCCCUCGUUACAUUAAGACGUCCGGUAACGCUACAGUAGAUCACCUGUCUAAAUACCUGGCUGUCAGGCUGGCUCUGGAGGAGCUGAGAAGAAACACGGAGGCCAGUCCUGUUAAUGUGGAGGCAGCUUCAGAGAAACAGUACACCAUUUACAUCCCUACUGCUGGAAACCAGUUCACUGUGCUGAAUGGUUCCUUCUCCCUGGAGCUGGUCAGCGAAAAGUACUGGAAGGUCAACAAACCCAUGGAGCUCUACUUUGCGCCUACUAAAGAGCACAAGUAGGCACACAUACAAACACACACACACACACACACACACACACACACACACACACACACACACACACACACACACACACACACACACACACACACACACACACACACACACCAGUAGGAAGCUAACCUAUGGACUGUGAUACACCUGCACACACAGAAACAAGAGAGAAGAAUGUGAGUGAAGGAGAUGAGAGGGGUUGUUGAAACCCUCAAAAGGACUCUUGUAAAAAGAAAAAAAACUCUGUUUUAUAUUCUGUUUCUUUUGCUGUGUCUCUUUCUAUAUUUCCCUCUGUAGAAGGUAGCAGAUCAGUACAACAGCCAGCUUGAUGAUAUUUGUAGAUUCUGUCCAGCUCUGAAAACCCAGGGUCCGUUGAGUCUAGGUCUUCAAUGUUUUCCAAGUAGGCUACAACCGUUGUGUUAUACUGUUAUUGGUCUUCAGCAAAGGCCCCUCUACCCUGAUGGGAUGUUGGUCUGUACCAGACAAUAGAGACUAUGACAGAAACGUGGGGACGUCUUUGGUUAUUAAUCCCCAACCCUGGUCCCUGUUCUCUCUGGGACAGGUCCACCAGUGGCUGAUUUGUAGCUUUGGAGACCAAGACCACCUGUGUCAGAUGUCUUACAGUAGCUGAAAUUUAGGACCGUAUUGACAAAAUGGGACUCCAGCUCGAAAAAGGGCAAAAUAUGAUGCCGAAUACGCAGGCCAAUGGCAACCGGCCAUACGCAUUUACCACGCGGUACACAGCCAUUCAACAUGAGUCUGACAUGUAUGGAAGCAAAGAAAAGCCACUAACAUUUGACUUUUAGAGUCAACUGAAGACCUGUUACUACUGAAUAAUCAUGUUAAAGGUAAAACAGUCAGUGAAUUUGUAACAUUUGAAAUAUUUUACUUUGAGAGCCACCUAUUUGAAAUAGUUGGGUAGUAGUCGGGUGACUCGACAGAUUGAUUAUCCUUUGGUAGCCUGGAUCUUUAAGUUAUUUGUUUUGAUGUGGAACUGUGUAUUCACUCAGACAGAAGGUUUUGAAAGUAAAAAAUGUAAAUGUUCAACAUGAAGUAAUCUGCAGUGAUUAAAUUUCAUAAUUAGGUUUCAGUUGAUUAUGAAAUUCAAAUGUUUAUGGCUUUCCUUUUGCUUUUAAACUGAUAUUGGACAGCAUAGACAUAUGAUUUCUAUGUUGGACAGUCAACCAAGAUUUCAUCAGACCAUCUGGCCCAGUGUGACAUGCUCUGUGGUGUACAGGGGCCUUUGAGAAACCACCUGUAAGACCACAUGUUGACUACUUCCAGGUGAAGUGGACAGUCUUGUCCAGCAUUGGGCAGUGCAAGCAUCCAGUAGCAUCUAUACACUGACCUGAAGCUACAAAGAUUGCCUUUUUUAUUAUUUGUUUUUGCCCGGUCAUUUUGUAUAUGUUCUCUAAACCUUUUUUUUUUGUUUUUUUAAUAUGUCUUUCAAAUAAAACUAGAGAACAGUGAA